AAUAAAGUGGAAGACUAAAAUACGCCAUGUUGAUGACCGUCAGCGGGCAUAGAAGAUAUAAUUGACAAAAUGCAUAUCGUUCGAAAUUGUUAAUCAUAAUUAUAACGCAGCCAAUUGAGACUCGCUGUCUUAUUUUGCAUUUACAUGAAUAACUUUUCCAGCUUUCCCUGUUCGAGGUCCGAGGCGGUCCCGGUUUUUUUUUCCCUCAUGCGCAAGUUCGUGGCACUGCCACCGCAGGUCGUUGCUGACGCUGGUCUCGUUUGCGACAGUGAGUUUACACGGAGCGAGGAGAGGCGGUACUCGGAUAGGCGACAAGAGUACAUGCAUGCUGAAAAUGUUGUAUGUCGACGGCUCAUACUUUCCUUCACGAGUCCUUUAACGCCUUCCGAACGCGAUGGGCUUCUCUCGGCGCAUUUAACGCCCGCCGAAACGGAGGAUCGCCGAGGGCCCGAGCGCGCUGUGGCAUCGGGAUCGGGGAGGCCCCACCAGGAUCACGGAGUCGAGAUUCGUUCAGUGCCAAAACGUGACGAACGCCGAGGCGAGCGACACGGUUCGUAGGUAGCGAACGAGAUAGAGGAGGAGAGAGAGAGAGAGAGAGGUAGAGAGUGAGAUCCCGAGGAUCUCGGCGAGGAAGGAGCCUGUCGAUGUGCGGCGUGCUUCGACGAGACGUCAAAUUCGAAAAGCGAUCUCACGGUCCGGCCGAGCCGUCUCCCCGCACACGCAACCGUCCCAGCGGUAUUUCACGUUUCUAGCCAACGUCCCACGGUCCCGCACUCCCGAUUAUGUCGGUAAAUUGGAGAGCUACGGCACCGCGUUUGUUUGGGAACGAUUGUUGAGUAUCCCCGAACGAUGAGUUUCUCCCUGGAAUUGCCGGACGCAAUUUUAGGAGCAUACAACUGAGAGAGUAUAUAUGGAAUGAAAAUGGCACGGAGACGUAAAACCGAAGAAAAAGCAUCUGAGAAGUCAUCUCAUAAAUAUGUACCUGUACGCAAAUCUAGCAGACAGAUAGCUAAGAAGCAAUUGGAAGAAAAAAAGAUAAAUGGAUACAUUACACAAACAUCUUGCUCAAACAGUUCAGAAGACUCUAAGUCUGCUAGCGAAGGUCAUAGCCAAGUUUCAAAGAAGAAUCAAAAUUCUCAGAAGAAGCAUAAUAAACACAAAGGUACUUCCAGUAACAGCGUAAUUGUAAAUAAUGAGAAUGCUGUUUACAAUGCUACUCGAUAUAAGCGGGAUGCUGGUGAAAGUGACAGUCAAGAUGGUAUAGAUAAUAUGAUUAAAAAUUCAGAAAAACUUAGCCCAGAGGAUGUACAACAGGUCGUUGUUGGUAAUCCAAGUCCAAGCGGUGAGCUUUUAGCUGUAUCUGCAUCAACGAAGACGGAACCCUGGUCGGGAGAUGUCGUAGAGGAAAUGGUGAUCUGUGAAGAAAUACAAAUGGAGGAAAAUGUUGGGGACAAUAGAUAUUCUAUGGCACAGGAUGACGUUAUAAUUGAAGAAGUAUUAGUUGUAAACGAACCUAAUGUAGAAGACAAAAAUUUUGUAGAAUUUACUGUGAUACAGCAUGAGGAUGAUACUGAAUCAAUGGCAAUGGUGUCCAAGUCAGGAAAAAUUUCAAACAAUGAAUAUCAUACUAUUAGAAAAGAUGUUAAUAAUGUACAUACGAACAAAUCAGAAAAUUCCAUAUCAGCCAUGCAUGUAGACGAAUCGGUAAUGUGCAGUACUGGGAAUGGUAAUACUACAGAUUUUAAUGCAGAUAAACCCUAUAUCGACAAGAAGAAACUUGGAUUAGAAGAUGGCAGUAGUAAAAAACAAAAGAACAAGACAAUUUAUGAUAAAAUUAGAAAGGAAAUUUCAGAAUCGAUAUCCGAAAAAGUUCGUUUGUGUUCUAUCAAAGACGAGUCUGGUUCUUCUACUGAGGAAGAUAAUUGUAAGCGGGAAAGCAAAGAUUUACAAGGAAAAAAUAUGCAUGUAGAUUCAAAGGAAGAUUCAUUUAAUAAAAUAGAUAAUAAACUAGCAGAUAUGCAGAUAAGCGACUCUUCACAAGAAAUACAAAAGUUAGUGAAUGAUCUCUCUAGUGUGGAAAGCACCGACUCUCCAGUACAAACUCCUUUAAACAUGGAAAAACUGUCUCCGGUCCCAUUAAAUAUCGAUGACGAAAGUAGUUCGUCGAUAUUAGAUAAAAUGGAACAAUUACAUCGCCCAAAUAAUUCUGUUAGCUCUGAAAUUAAGGAAAUAUUCUCGAAAACUAUGGAACCCAACAAUAUUGUUACAAAUCAAGAACAAAAUAUCUUGGUAUCCAACACUUGCAUUGAUAAACUUCAGUGUGCAGAUCGAGUUUCACUAAAAUCAAAAGUUACACAAGACAAGAGAAGUGCGGGUCAGCAAAAGAAUCCAGAGCAUUCAACAACUACUGAUGAAUAUCAAGACAGCGAAGGAGAUAACAACAAAGUUGAUAAUGAAGAUUUCAAAUUAUGCAGCAGUAGCGAAAAUAGUAAUGACACAUUAUCAUCACUUACCAGUUACAAAGGACGGGAAUUUGAUAUAAAAAAUGCAAUUAACAAUAUAAGCGAUAUUGACAAAAAAACUGAAUUCAGAGGUCGUAGUGGAAGUACUGAUACGGCUUCCGAAAAUAGUUCAAACAGUUCGGGUGUAAGACGAAGCAGUAGAAUUCGAUCUAUUGGAUUAAUGAAACAAAGAUCUCGCGGACGUGGCUUAGUUACAAAACCUAAUAUGGACGUCUCAAAAGCUAUUCUUCAACAAGAAAAAGAAAAAGUAGUUAAUAAUACGAAUCCUUCAAUUACUCAAGAAGUAAAAAUAGAUAACUUUGAGACUCAGUGUGAUAAGGAAAAUAAUUCUAACAAGAUUCCAACAUCAAUUGAUACUUUGACACCUUUGAGUACCAGUUAUAAUACUACAGGAUAUGAUUCGGACUCUUCAAAACCAGUUAAAGUAAAAUCCCGUUGGCGAAGAUCGAGUGAGCUUGAAAUGGGUGGAUCAAACGCUGGGUUUGGCUCUAUCAUUGCUCCUGUGUCAAUGUUUGGUUCAUCUUUUGCACCUCCACCCGAAUCAGCACGUUAUGCACCAGUAAAUAUAGGAGAAUCUACGUCAUCAGAAUCGAAACAUAAUAUUAUUGGUACAAAUGUAAAAGUUUGUACAGAAUCGGAGCAAAUUAAAGAUGUACCAGUGAUAUCCAGUAAUGUUUCUACUGUUUCAACAAUAGCACAAAUUCCAAAAACUAUAGGAGCAAAGAUUUCAUUGCCGAUGGUUCUCGAAACAGAAGAUAGAGAAAUGGAGGAAAGACUGAGUCAAUUUGAGCACUUGCAUGAAAAUCUGUAUCUUACUGAAAGAUAUACAAAUAAGGAAACCAAAAGGAUGGUGUGUGAUUGUUUCUUAACUGAAGAAGAAAUUGAGAGAGGAGAACUUGGUUGUGGGGAAGAUUGCCUUAAUAGACUUCUCAUGAUAGAAUGUGGACCUAGAUGCGUGGUAAAUGAUAGAUGUACAAAUAAAAGAUUCCAAAAUUGUAAUUAUGCCAAAUGCGAAGUUUUUCGAACAGAGAAGAAAGGUUUUGGAUUACGUGCUGUCGUCGACAUAAUGGCGGGCGAGUUUAUAAUGGAAUAUGUAGGCGAAGUUGUAGAUCCAAAGGAUUUUAAACGUCGUGCAAAAGAAUAUUGCAAAGAUAAAAAUAGACAUUACUAUUUUAUGGCACUGAAAUCCGAUCAGAUUAUAGAUGCUACCAUGAAAGGAAAUAUAUCUCGAUUUAUUAAUCAUAGCUGUGACCCAAAUGCAGAAACGCAAAAGUGGACAGUAAAUGGAGAACUACGAAUAGGUUUUUUUAACAAAAAAUUUAUUGCCGCUGGCGAAGAAAUUACAUUUGAUUAUCAUUUUCAACGUUACGGCAAAGAAGCUCAGAAAUGUUAUUGUGAGGCACUGAACUGUCGAGGUUGGAUAGGUGAAACACCUGAAGAAGAAAAGGAAAAGAUUGAAAAGAAAGAAAAGCGCGAAAGAGAUCCGAAGAAGAAGGAAAAGGAGGAAAAGAAACCGGCUGAUUAUAUGGAGGAUGAAGAUUUGGAGGAAGAAAUAGAUAAGUUGUGUUCAGGUGGUUUGAAAAACCGAGCGCACACAUUAACGUUAAGUAGAUUAAUGGUACGUAGUAGAGAAUUAGAACACAGAACUCGUUUGUUACGUCUUAUUCAAAGUGGCGAGCAACCGUGUCGAAGGUUAUUUUUGGAUUACCACGGUUUACGUUUGAUUUGGAGUUACGUUAUGGAUAUUGCCACAAACGAAACAGAAGAAGCUCAACAAUUUCGCUUAGAAGUGUUGAAAACUCUAAAUACACUGCCAAUACCAAACAAGACAAUGUUAAUGGAUAGCAAAAUAUAUGGUGUAGUUGAAAGAUGGGCGAAAAGAUUAUAUCUUUCUCCGAAUGCUGAUUCCCCAGAAGAUGAUCAGAUUAAAUCAAAGAUGAGCUGCGAAGAAUUGAAUAGUAAUUCUGAUAGCAACGAGAAGAAAAGUCCUGAUGAACGUCUGAAUGACAUUCCAGAUAAACGUAAUAACAAUAUCGAAAGUUGUUUAGCGGUUGGUGAAGUUAAAUCAGAGAAUACGGAUCAGAAUCUUAUUCCUGAUUUAGCUUCUGGUCUUCUUGCUGAAUGGUCCAAUCUAAAAGAAGUUUUUAGAAUACCGAAAAAAGAAAGAAUUGAGCAAAUGAAGGAGCAUGAAAGAGAAGCAGAUCGAGGAUAUAGAGAAGAAUUGGAGAAAGAAGAAAAGAGAGGCACGUCAUAUGAUAGACCUAGAUCUGAUAGAUAUAGUCGAAAUGAAAUUGACAAACGUGGUGAUAGGAGACGAGGACGAGAAUCUCCAGAAGCUGAUCAUAGUAGAACGAAAGAUAAAAGAAUAGAAGAACGAAGUUUAGUUCCUAUACCACGAAUGACAAAGUACGAACGUAGGCAAUUAUUUGCACUGAAAGUUGCAAAAGAAGAGGAGGAAAGGCAACGUCGUCAACAACAAGAAACAUGGCAAGAACAUGAAAAUAGAUGUUUGGCAUUGGGUAUAGAUCCCCAUACCACUGCCAUGGUUGAUCCUCAAACUGGUUAUCCUGUUUUUUAUAAUCCAACUGUAGGUCAAUGGCAACAUUAUUCCACUCAAGAUGGAGGAGAAGCCACGCAGCAAUGCACUCCUGUAUACGUAGGAAGUGCUCAAUCUACUGGUAUAAUAGGUCAGAGUCCUCAUGUACUAUCAUCAACAAUGGCAACCGAUAUGUCGUCUGGAAUUACGACUGGUAUUCCACCAGUAGCUUACUCAUUAAGUCAAGCACCUGUGUUCAGUCAAACAUCUCCCUACUCUUUGAUAUCACAUCCGCAACCGUAUACCGAAGGGCAACUACCUCUUCCAAAUAGUUUAGUGUCUGUUUUUGGUGGCAUCCCUUCUACGUCAAUUCAAGCGCCUUUUUAUAACCACAUCGAAAAUCCCGUAGAUCAACAAUUCUCUAAUCUUGCGUCCACGGAAGGUGUCACGAAUCGACCACAUCCUGAAAUUCCGGCAAUAGACUUGCCACCGAAAUGGAAGAGCGCGACGGAUAGCCGAGGUAGAACGUACUAUUACCAUGUGAAGGAAAGAAUAUCGCAAUGGUUACCUCCACCACCCGAUCAUAUCGGAGUACAGCCAGACUCGUCAUCUACCUCGGAAUCUAGUGAAGAAUCCAGUUCGUCAAAUGAGGACGAUGAAGAUAUUGAUGAUGAUAACGAGGAUCAAAGAAACGAUGAUAUGGAGGCAAGUAGCGUUCUAACAGAUAGUCCUCUGAGCACAUCUAGGCCAAAUGUAUCUAAAAAGUUAGGUCAUAAUUUGACUGGAAGUUCACUGCCGUUUCCUGAAUCUAAAAAAAGAAGGGAUGGAUUGGUCCAAGAAAGAAUUAUUAGUCCACGUAGGGAAGAGGAUCGUAUUGAUCAUAAAGCGUAUAAAGAAAUAAAAGAGAAACUACGACGACAAAAGGAAAGAACGAAACCGAAAGAUCAUGUUGAGAAGAUAAGGAAACAUAGACGAAGUAAUAAAUCGAAGUCUCAUUCGCGACAUGGAUUGAGCAAGCUGCAAUCAACAUCAGCCGAGAUGUCUCCUAUGUCCGAAAGGAAAAUCAAGGAUACAUUUAGAAUAAAUAUGGCUAAUGUUAUGGUUCACUUCUUAAAUCCAUAUAGGAAAAAUGACUGCAAACAAGGUAGAAUAACUAAUACUGAAGAUUUCAAGCAUCUAGCUAGAAAGUUAACACAUUUUGUACUUGCGAAGGAAUUAAAACAUUGUAAAAGCGUGGACGAGUUACAAUGUAAUGAAAAUGUUAAACACAAAGCAAGAGAUUUUGUACGUAAGUACAUGAGCAAGUUCGGGACAGUGUAUCAGAAAGGUACAGACGAGGAUUAGCUGUAAUUUAUAAAUGGAAAAUUGUUAUUUAUUGCGCGAACACUUCGGCUAUCGUGAAAUAUAUUUAGAUAAUAUAUUUAGGCGUAUGUAGAUACACAUUUGUAAUUGUAUUAUUGUAAAAAAUAGGCAAGUUUGUACAUGCGUGAUAAGCGUUUUUUCAUGAUUUAGCAUGUAAUAAAUUUUAGCAAAUUUUUAAUUUCCCAUUUUUACGUGUAAAUUCGACACAUGUUCAUUUAUACGUGAUAACUACGCAUGUUGUAUCUUUUAUAAAUAUUGUAACUUAUAUGCCAAUAUACACACACACAGUGUAAAAUACAUGCUC